CAUGAUUUGUCAUAUUAAACAUUACAACAACUAUCACCGUAUCAGUACAAAACUAAUUCCGUUAAAGUUUAGUUUAAGAGCACGAGUAAUUCGCGUGGGAAACAGCAAUAAAAUCAAGAGCAUGCAUCACUAGCUGAUCACGCUGUUAUUAUUCUCUUUGGUUUGUUUUCUCGUUGCCAUGAUACGUCCAAACAUGUUGGUUGUUGGUGAAUGCAUUUCUAAGAUUUUGGCAAGUUGCCACAUGUUGACGUCCACGACUGGCACGAGUUCCCAGUGUAUUUGGAUUCCGUCCAGUAAAUAUCAUUCCAUCUUCCAUCGCAGUUUGAAUUUAUGGAACAAAUGAUGACGUCCGAAACACCAGAAAUUCCUUUGGGAACGUUGGAACUUGAAUCACUACCAGGGAAGCCUGAUAUCCCCCUCGAAGAUGAAGAGUGUAGGAAAGGGGAGACUGUCCUGGAGGAGGAGAACCUGGCCUUCGAGGGAGCCGAAACACUACAGGGAGAGUUAACUCCCCUUACCUAUGUAGAUUUCAUGCCAAGAUGCCUGGGAACUGGGUAUCUCAAGGGACAAAUACCUGACUUUGCUGAAUUUGGGACGGUGGUGGAGCAGGCAAACCAGUGGUUGGAGUCCAUGCCGCAGUACACAGUGUGGAAGUGUGAGACGGUGGGGAAGAAGCUCAACAACCACGACUACCAACUUGACAACGACGCUGUCUUCAUCCACUUGUCCAGUCAUGGCAACAAUGCCUUCCUCAUGGGACUCAGGCUGUGGCUGACCCCGAAGAUGAACCCAGAUGCUCCUGUGCAGAAGCUGUCGUACAUAUCUGUGUUGCCGGAGGAGAACGCCCAGGGAGGGGGCAGUGUUGCGGACGUCGUCUCCAACAUCCUCAACCAGCAGACCGGCUUCCGAUUUGGCGGGGCACAGCUGUUUGGGCAGUUCAACUCCCUGAGCAAGACUCUGGAGAAACUCUUCAGGCAGUUCCAGUUGAACCCUAUCUCUGGUGAGAUUCUGAAUGUGGAGACCAUUAAACUCCUGAUGUCGGACAGCAAACCCAACCCCGAGACUACCUGCUCGGUGGAGACAGGGAGGACCAAUCGGCUGUUUGUGUUCGCUCUCAGGAUAUUCUACGUCAUCGGAGAACCAGCAUUUGAGACACUAGGGGCCAAGGACAUCAUCCCAGACUACACCUGCAACACUGAGGGGAUGAUCCAGAGGUUAAAGUUCGCCACCUACAGGUCAACAGUGCAGAAAGCCUCUGAUUGGCUGAAGAAACAACAGGGCAUCAAGGUGGUCAAUGUGCAGACUAUCGAUGUCAAAGUGUUGAAGCUUCCCAACGGCAACAUAGAGUUUGACUCCGAUUCUUCUGGAUAUGGCGAGAUGGCAUUCGAGGACAGCUGCCAGUUCUUGAAGGUCUUGCGGAUCUACUACGUGAAGAAACAGAAGGUGACCUCCCUGGAUGCCACGCCCACCACCAAUAUGACAAGCAGGCUGUUUGUGCCGGUCCGCAAAAACCAGACUGGCAAAGUGUUCGAGUGUUUCUCCAAGACCAUGCAGAGAGUCAUAGCCUGGCUCAAUGUCACACAGACCCCCCUCCUCAGUAUGGAGUCUGUUCAGUACAUGGUGAACCCUGAGAGUUGGGGGACGGGGGUUGCUGAGGACAGAGUGGAUACAACGAAGAACCAGUCCAGCGGGAGGUAUCAGCUCACCUGUAUCAGGUUGUAUUUCCCACAAGACUUUGAGGAGCCGUCUCCAGAUCUGUUGCCCCCAACAAAGGAGGAUGAGGAGGGAUGGAUGUGCGUCAUAUCCUAGGAUGGAUGGCGUAUCUCGGCCGAUGUAUCAUGUCGGGAGAUGAACAUUGAAAAGCUGUGAACACCAGUUGUGUGGGGAAAUGGAUGUGUCCUAGCAUUUGCAGAUCUGUGUGUCAUAUCGAUGAUGGGUAUUCAUGCAGUCUUCUGUAUGCUAUUCAGUAGUAUUGUGAGCAGGUCAUAUUUUAAAAUUUAUCGUGGUUAUUCUCUCAAAAAAUGUCUUAUUUCUGACACAUUCCAACCCAUACCAAAAUUCAGUCUCCCUCUUGCCCCCCCCACCCCCCCCC